CAUGUAUGUUAACUCUGCAGCUGUCAAAACAGCUGGAUGUGUGUACUGUUAGUACUGCUAUUGCCAUUCUUUGGAAGGACAGUACCAACAUUAGUUUUGAUGGACCCCUCAGUCAAAUUGCCAUAUGUCGUUUGCCCACUGAUUCGGAAACCAUUCCUUUAAACUCAACAUUCACUUGGAUGUCUGUAAAUUUCAGUUCCAGCCACAUUGAUGACAUCAAAGACCAUUUGAAAUGUGCACAGGGUCAGACAUUUGCUGUUAUUUUAAAUGAGAGCUGUGAAGUCUCACCUUCUGAGUCCUACACAACUCAAGUUGUCCCUCCAAGAACAAGUUCUGAGAGCAGUGCUACAUUCCCAACAGUCACACCAUCCACACCAUUAGUCACAAACACUUCUAAUACACCACUCAAUACAACAAGUCUAAUAUUCAAUACAUCCAUCAACAGUACAGGCAAUCAAACAAACACUGUGUCAAAUUAUACAGCAAGUCUGCCACUCAAUUCAACACGUGAUAUAGUACCACCGGUCAAUAUAGCAAGUACACCACACUAUAUAUCAACCUCAAUGGUCAGUACAACACAUAAAACAUCCAGUGUAACACCUCAACUGAGCAAUACAGCAGUUACAACACACUAUACAACAACCUCACCUGUCAGUACAACAGGUACAUCAAACAAUAUACCAGCAUCAUUGGUCAGUACAACAACAACGACACACAAUAUAACAACCCCAGCAGUCAGCACAACGGGUACAACACACAAUAUUACUUCACCUGUCAAUACAACAGGUACAUCAAACAAUAUACCAGCAUCAUUGGUCAGUACAGCAAAUAUGACACCCAAUAUAACAACCUCACCUGUCAGUACAACAGGUACAUCAAACAAUAUACCAGAAUCAUCGGUCAGUACAACAAAUAUAACACCCAAUAUAGCAACCUCACCUGUCGGUACAACAGGUACAUCAAACAAUAUACCAGCAUCACUGGUCAGUACAACAAAUAAGACACCCAAUAUAACAACCUCACCAGUCAGCACAACAACUACGACACAUGAUAUAAUAACCCCAACAGUCAGCGCAACAAGUACAACAUACAAUGUAACAACCCCACCAGUCAGUUCAACAAAUACGGCACAUGAUAUAUCAACAACAACAGUCCCCCCAACAGUCGGUGCAACAAGUACACCAUACAAUAUAGCAACUUCACAAGUCAAAACAAGACUCAAUAUAACCUCAGUGGUCAGUACAACUCACACAACACUCAAUGAAACAACCCCACUGGUCAAUACAAUAGAUACAACACACAAUAUAAUGACUUCAGUGCUCACUACAACACAUACAACACUUGAUGUAACAGCCCAGCCGGUCAAUACAGCAGAUACAACAGAAAAAAUAACAACCUCAGUGGUCAGUACAACACAUACAACACUCAAUGUAACAACUCAACCAGUCGAUACAACAAACAAAAUAACAACCUCAAUGGUCAGUACAAAACAUACAACACUCAAUGUAGUACCACACAAUAUAACAACCUCACAUGUCAGCACAACAGCUACAUCAAACAAUAUAGCAAACUCACCAGUCAAAACAACAGGUACAGAAUCGACACUCAAUAUAACAAAUUCAAAUGCCCAUACAACAGGUACGCCACACAAUUUAGCAAUCAGUACAACAGGUAUAUCAAACAAUACAACAACCUCACCAGUCAGCACAACAGAUACAACACAUAAUAUAACAACCUCACCAGUCAGCACAACAGGUACAACACACAAUACAACAACCUCACCAGUCAGCACAACAGAUACAACACACAAUAUAACAACCUCACCAGUCAGCACAACAGGUACCUCAAACAAUAUACCAACAUCACCAAUCAGUACAACAAAUAUGACACACAAUAUAAUAAUCCCACCAGUCACCGCAACAGGUACACCAUACAAUACAACAACCUCACCAGUCAGUACAACAGAAACGACACUCAAUUUAACAACCUCACUGAUCCAUACAACAGAUACAACACUCAAUGAAGCAAGCCCACUGGUCAGUACAGCAGGGACACCACACAAUACAACAACCACAAUGGUCAGUACAAAAGAUACAGCACACAGUAUAACACCCUCACUGGUCCAUACAAUAGAUCCAACACACAAUAUAACAGCCAAAAUAACAGAAACCACAUUCGAUAUAACAAAUUCACCGGCCAGUACAAGAGAUACGACACUCAAUGUAACAGCCUCACUGGUCCAUACAAUAAGUACACCACAUAAUAUAACAACCUCACCAGUCAAAACAACAGAAACGACAAUCAACACAACAACUACACCACAUAAUGUACCACCAUUACCGAUCAGUGCAACAAAUACAACACCUAAAAUAACAACCGCACCAGUUAGCACAACAGGCACACCCAUUAUAACAACCUCAUUGGUCAGUACAACAGAUAUAGCACUCAAUGUAACAACCCCACCAGUCAAUACAACAGUUACAGUACAAAACUUAACAUAUUCACCAGUCAAUACAACAGUCAUACCACUCAACCUAACUGUCACAAGACUCAGUUCAACAACCCCUAUAGUCAGUACAACAGCCACAUCAAUUGACACAACUGCUGCAACAGUCACAACACUUGAUAAAAUUUCAACAACUCUCAACACAUUAAUCACGCCACUUAAUACAACAGGUAUGCCACUCAUUUCAACAGCCAUACCACCUUCUGAGGUGGAAACAACAACACCACCCAAUACAACAGCACAGAUAAGUGAAACUCUUACUACAACAGUUAGACCAUUAAAUGCAACAGUCGCACCUCACUUUACUACUGCCAUGCCACUCAUCUCAACUGCACUACAUCAUACAACAGUCACACCAUUCAAUACAACAGUGAAAGUUCCAAGCUCAGCUUUCACAUCCGAAAGUCUGGAAAAUGCGACACAAUCUAACACAAGUAAUUCUCAAAUCUCUGGCACAGUGUCCACCACCACCACCACCACAACCUUUCUGCCAAAUACAACACUGUUUAACUUGACAGCACCAUUACACCUAAAUGAAACAACACCCCUAUUAAAAACUACACAACACACCACCACAUUCACAACACAUUUAAACAUUACUGGGCAAGACAAUACAACAAUAUUUAACACUACAUUGUUUACUCACAAUGUAACAACUCUCAUAGAAAAUAGGACAGAUUUAACAAUACCUAAUGUGACAGAAGUUAACGGAACACUUAAAAUUACUACGAACCACAAAAACACAACAAAUGUGAGCUCUUCUGUCUUAAAUACCACAACACAAUACCCACAUGUUACACAAUAUAACACAACCACUCUAUUUGAAAAUGCAACACGCUCAAAUAAUACAAGCCUAGCCCACACUACAGAAUCACCAAGUAACGUAAAUGAAUCAAAUACAACUCAACCUCUUAACAGUACAUCUGAAUUCAAUACAACAGCUAUUCCUUAUUACACAACACAACUUCUGAAUGAUUCUACAGUGGAGGAGACCACAGAUGCUGAAACUGAUACCACCACAGAUACACCUGAAUUCAAUACUACAAUGUAUUCACUUAACUUCACAACUUUUAAUACAACUGAUGUCCCUUAUUCCAACACAACAGACUCCCUGUUCAAUACAACUCAAUCAAAUACAACAGCCUUUACAAUCAACAUAACCUUGUUUAACACAACAGAUGCGCCACUGAAUGAAACCAAUUUCAAUGGGACUGAUGUCAAUCGUAGCAUCAACUCAACAGAGACCUCCAAUAACACAUUGGAAUUUAAUACAACUGUAAGCCCUACAGUUAAUACAACACAGUUUGACAUCACAAAUACAACCCAGAUGCAUACAACAACCUUUCCAACAACAGAAAAUAUUACCAGUGGGCCAACCAACUCCACUUUAGAGCCUGUCACAACAGUUAGUCUUCUUAACACAACACAGUCAAAUAGCACAAUAGAAAAUGCCUUUACUGAAAAUAUAAUCACUAACACAACUACAACAAUCAACCCAAUUAACAUUCCAAACAACAUACCAACAAAUACGACCAUUGUUAUUAGCAUUGUCACAAAUAGCAGUACAGCUCCCACAACUGCUCCAUCAGUGAUACACCCAAGCUCUCCUCAGAACAGCUCCACUUCCACAACAGAAGCUCCAAUUAUUGCUCCAACUCCAACGACUAGCAAAAGCAACUCAACAACAGUCACUACGAGGCCUGCCGUUCCAGCUGACGUUAGCCGGCAAGGCAUAUCUGACCCUUUGCAUGCCAUCAUCCUUACCUUCAUCACUUAUAUCGGAUGUGGGGUGUCCGCCAUCUUCCUCUCGGUUACUCUGAUCACCUACCUCGCGUUUGAAAAACUCCGCCGGGACAUCCCUUCAAAGAUCUUGAUCCAUUUGAGUUUCGGCCUGCUCUUGCUGAACCUGGUCUUCUUGUUGGACUCGUGGCUGGCGCUGUACAAAGAUGCUGUAGGCCUGUGCAUUUCCACAGCCUUCUUCCUGCACUACUUCCUGUUGGUCUCCUUCACCUGGAUGGGACUGGAGGCUCUGCAUAUGUACCUGGCCAUCGUCAAAGUCUUCAACAACUUCAUGUCCCGAUACAUGCUAAAAUUUUCCCUGGCAGGCUGGGGAAUCCCUUUGGUUGUCGUCAUUAUUGUGAUUGCGGUAAACAAAGAUAACUAUGGCCUCGUAAGCUAUGGGAAGUUUUCUGACGGAACUACAGAUGAAUUUUGUUGGCUGAACAAUAACAUAGCGUUCUAUGUGGCUGUUGUGGCGUACUUCUGCGUCAUAUUUGUGUUGAACCUGGCCAUGUUUGUGGUGGUGAUGAUCCAUCUGAGACGAAUCAAGCGCAGAAACCCUCACAAUAAUCAGUACCGCAGCGGCUUGCAUGACCUUCGUAGCAUCGCGGGACUUACUUUCCUGCUCGGGCUCACAUGGGGCUUCGCCUUCUUCGCCUGGGGACCGGUCAAUUUGGCCUUUACGUACCUGUUUGCCAUCUUUAAUUCCCUACAGGGCUUUUUUAUUUUUGUUUUCCACUGCGCUCUGAAGGAAAAUGUCCGUAAACAGUGGAGAAUGUACCUCUGUUGUGGCAGUUUACGAUUGGCUGAAAAUUCAGAGUGGAGUCGGACAGCCACACAGAGCAACCACACUAAAAAGACUUCGAUCAUGACGGCAGAUUCAGGGACCCUCAGUGUACCGCGAAGCUCAGUGAGCAGCGAUGACUCAGUGCCGUCCCAAGGCAUCGGCUCACCGGUGGAUGACAGUGUGAUCAUGUCAGGAGAAGCAAAUGACGAUGUGAUCUUCAAUGAGAUGAACAGUCAAAUCCGUUCACGACUCAGAUCUGAAUAGUUUUUAGAAAAGGAUUAUAAACGCAGACAGGAAAAUAGGUGAAGAAACAGACCAUUUAAUAUUAUGUUUCUAUCAGGCCUGAAAAAAAAAUGUAUUACCAAGAUGAGAAUCUAAUGACUCAGCUCAAAAUGUCUUUUCUCAUCCGUUUGUCUGAAUCAAUGUUACAUGCCAUAAAGCUUUCAGCAUUUAGCUUUAUAGCCAGACAUUUUGUUAUUUGUUAUUGAACUGGGCUGCUCACAGCUGAGUAAUAAAUAGCAAGAGCAUGUACCUAUGGGAGUCGAUGUGUAAAAAUAUCUCUAUGUACUGAGGAGUGAGGUAUAUUAUGCUUUUGGGGUUUUAAACUCCUAUAUAUUUUCAGCAAACAGUAUUAAACACCUCUUCUGCAAUAAAUAAAUAAAUAAAACUCAGAUGAUGCAAGUGCAUCAAAUGGUACUUAAUAAAGGUUUUAUAAUUGAUGGACUACAUUUAAAAUGAAGGAAAAAAUUCUGUCUUAGAAACCAUAUAUAUCUGU